AUGGCCGUGCAUGGAGAUGAAUUUCAUAGAAGACCGAGGAUUGGAGGGUUUAAUAGAAGAGGGAAAAAAGGAGAAGGUUUAAUUGGGAUUGAACACUCUGUACUCUACGGAGUUGCUCUCCGUAGCACUGCGGAGCAAUUUGCUCCGCACUCUACGGAGUUGCUCUCCAAACAUUGCGGAGCAUUUGCUCCAGGUAGCAAGGCUUACGGGGAAGAAAGACCUGCAACUUCAAGGCUCCCUUCUGAUACUCGCAGUGGUUCUUUGAGAAGUAGAGCUUCUUCGAAGGGUUCUUGGGAUGGACCAUCAGUAAAGAGCCCAAAGUCGACAAAUGAAAGACGGGGAAAGAAAAUAGUUGCUGCUGAUCCGUUUAUUGGCCAUGGAAAAGGCAAAAUUAUGUCUGAACAUACAACAAAUCAGGCUGAAGAUUAUGAUCAGGAAUGGAUUGCACUAUCAAAUUGA